UCACGCUAUCGCUUUCUCUUGGGAUCCCAGAACGAUCCGAGAUCAGAUCACCGAACGGGACCGUGUUGUUAACUAUUUAAAUGUAGAACAAAAAUGUAUCCUAGCAUUACGCGUUUCCAGAGAUCAAACUGAGAAGACGCCCGCCAAUUUACCCCGGAUAAAUAGAUAUUGGUGGGAAUACUUGGGCCUAUUUCAUACGAAACUGUGGGCUAUUGAUAUCCACCACAACGGUAUUUAACUUGUCGCAGUGGAUAAUCGUGCCGGAUUAACGGAAUCUAAAGGAUUUUAUUCAUAAUAUUGUCAUUUGCAUCCGAAUAAUUUUCCAGGCCCCUGGGCCCCAGCCUGUGUUGGUGAGAUGGACAGGAUGAAGAUCAUCAAGCGGAGGUUGUCCAUGUCUCUACGCAGCGCGCGGCCUGUGGACGAUUCGCUUUCUGAACUGGCCGAGCAGAUGACCCUGGAUGAGCCAACUGCCUCCAGAGACAAUGAACCUAUGGUGGUGUGCGCUGUGCAUCCCCCUGCCUCUCACAGCGCUCCCUCCUUCCUGCGUCAGUACGCCGGCCACCUGGGCCGAACGGCCCUGCGUAGAGAAGCUGGAGGGCUGGACAGAGACAGGCCCUACCUCAGCCUGCACAGGACCGGAUCUCUCGGUAUCGUCCAUGAGAACGUGAAGAUGGGCUCCGACGGCGAGAGCGACCAGGCGUCCGGGACGUCUUCUGACGAGGUCCAGAGCCCAGUCAGGGUGCGCAUGAGGAACAACCACCACCGACGCAUCUCUAACGAGGACAUAAACAAGCGCCUGUCUCUCCCUGCUGAUAUCCGCCUGCCAGAGGGCUACCUAGAGAAGUUUGCUAUGAACAGCCCGCCCUUCGACAAGCCUAUGAGCCGCAGGCUACGACGCGCCUCUCUGUCUGAAAUCGGCUUUGGCAAACUGGAGACCUACAUAAAACUGGAUAAACUUGGAGAGGGCACCUACGCCACAGUGUUUAAAGGCCGGAGCAAGCUGACUGAUAACCUGGUGGCGUUGAAAGAGAUCCGAUUGGAGCAUGAAGAGGGAGCGCCCUGCACUGCCAUCCGCGAAGUGUCUCUGUUAAAAGACUUGAAGCACGCCAACAUAGUCACCCUCCAUGACAUCAUCCACACUGAUAAGUGCCUAACACUGGUGUUUGAAUACCUGGAAAAGGACUUAAAGCAGUACAUGGACGACUGCGGGAGUAUCAUGAGUGUACACAAUGUCAAAAUCUUCCUGUUCCAGUUGUUGCGGGGCUUGGCCUACUGCCACCGGAGGAAGGUUCUCCACAGAGACCUCAAACCCCAGAACCUGCUCAUCAAUGACAAGGGAGAACUCAAACUGGCUGACUUUGGUCUGGCCCGGGCCAAGUCUGUUCCCACUAAGACCUACUCCAACGAGGUGGUGACUCUAUGGUACCGCCCCCCUGAUGUCCUCCUGGGCUCAACAGAGUACUCUACACCCAUUGACAUGUGGGGUGUGGGCUGCAUAUUCUAUGAGAUGAUCACAGGAAGACCUCUCUUCCCCGGCUCCACGGUGGAUGAUGAACUGCAUCUCAUAUUCCGCAUACUAGGUACACCUACAGAGGAAACAUGGCCUGGCAUCACUACCAGUGAAGAGUUUAAGACCCACAAAUUCCCUCGGUAUCGUGCAGAGCCUCUCGUCAACCAUGCACCCAGGAUAGACAGCGACGGCCAUGACCUGCUCUCCUUGCUACUUCAGUUUGAAGCGAAGAAGCGUGUGACGGCAGAGGACGCCCUCCGACACCCCUACUUCAAGAGUCUGGGGGAGCAGGUCCAAACACUGGCUGACACUUCUUCCAUUUUCGCAGUGAAGGACAUCCAUCUCCAAAGAGAUCCAGGAAAGAGGGGUUCAGGCUUCACAGAGACAGCAGUGGCUCUUAAGCUAGGCUCCGCCCCCUCGCAGUACUUCCAGAGAGAAGGAUCCAAUCUCAGGGCACAGAGUCAUGCCCCGUCCUCCCCUUCUACUGGCUGAGUGGCCCCUACCAUUCUGCCACGGGAAGGGGUCGAAGGCAGAGUGUGUUGUUUUAGCGGGAGCGUUGGGGUGCGGAUAAUUGACGCACAGAGCCGUCGCACACCCCAACCCUGCCACACACACACCAAAGGAGACAAAACACACACACGCCCUGAUAUAGACAGACACACACACAUAGAAUACAGGAGAACACACUACAAAACAAAAAAACUACCCAAAACCAAGACUGAGAAGCACUCUCUCCAGAUCAAAACGGUGCACAAUCCAGACGGAGGACGGUGAAAAAGGAGAAGAGGAACAUGAAGUGAUAAAAGAAGGGGAAAGACCGUCUUCCAAACUGCCACUACCUGUACGAGGGCUGUGGUUAGCGUGUGUUCGGGGUGAGUGGAGUUUGAACAGGACUUGCACUUUUCCGUGUCAGUUCAUGUGCGCAGGUGGACGGAGGGGGUGCCCCACUCGGCACUCCUCAGGAACGUGGGGACGCUCCCAAGUAGGAGGAAAGUGAUUCUCUCUUUCUUUCUCAUUGGAUUGUUGUUGCACCUGAGAGACUAAGCCGUAGAACUCUGUUUUGUCAUGUCACGACGAGCCUGAACUUCCUGACCCUUUACCACUUCCUGCUCCCGACACAUACACGCCCCCAGAAAUACACAGCCAUGGAGGAAGUGGGUUAGCAUAAGGAUCCAUACGUGGCCAGUUGGUUCGGUCAAUAUUCCUCAAAUUGAAAUAGUGUUGAAAGAAAACCCAACUGUCGCUCCUUUUACAAUGUCAACCAACCCUACGUUCAUCACCAUGGCAACGCAUUAUCCAUUGCCUAGUAUUUAAUCCAUUGCAUAGCAUGUCUCUCCUCACACCCUUACCUCUAUCUCGCUCUCUCCAAUACACAUAAACACUUGAAUAUGACAGUGUGCAGUCUUGCUAUCGAUGAAGUUGAAGAAACCUUUGCACCUUAUGGCCCUUUAUAGCUAAGGGUGGCUGUUAUGUAUUUCCUCAUUAGUCACUCAGGCAGAAUAGGGGACACAUGUACCCCUGAAGUAAACAGUAACAACCCCUGAAGCUACUGGAGUUUCCUUUACUUAAGGGAACAAGUAUGCACUUUGGAGAAGGGGUACACACCUCUCCACAACAGAAAAAUGCACAAAGGAGCACUGUCCACAAACCACAGCAACAAAAUAAAUAAAAUGCAAAUCCGGCAUUCCGUAGAGAUCUCCACAACAGGUGGUAUAACGGUCGAAAUGUUGACUCCCAGGGUCAGCACACUACAGAUGUAGCAUGGGUCUGUCUGAUGAGGGGUCAAAUAACCUACCUGCUCCACCCCUGACUGCCCCUUCCUGUUCUGCCUUGACUUGAAGUUUUGUUGGUAACUGUAGCAUUUCCACAUGAAAAAUGAUAUAUAAAGAAGCUAAAUCUGAGUAUGUGUGUUUUAUAUGUAUGCUAUAUCAUGCAAGAUUCUACUGUAAAAAAAAGGCCUCUCAAUCGUGUUAAACACAUGGAAAGACAUGACAGACAUGGCCAUGGAGAAGAGUGUUGAGAUGGAAUGUGUCAGUAAUGGGGGGAAAGGCCUCAAGUAGAAGGCAGUCGGCAAAAGAUAUGGUCUGUAGAUGUUAGAGACCUAGAGGUGCGGAGAAAGUUAGAUAUAUCAUCCUUGAAGUCCUUAAGGCAUUCAAAGAGGGAUUGUCAAGUGCGAUCACAUUGUCUCAAUGGAAGGUACAUUUGUGUAUUAUCAGCCCAGUAAUAGGAAAUAUUUUUCCAGAAAAAGACCUGAUGGGUAGCAUAACGAGAAAUACAACGGUUCCCAAGGAGUACAGAAGAAGAGGAGAAAAUCCUGUUCUCGUCAGAAAAAUACUUCUGAGUAGGAUGCCAACCCCGCAUUGAGCAUUGAGAUCCAGCAUGAUUAAAACAUCACCCUUCCCAGAGUCACAGCUAGAGUUCACUCGACAGGAUUGCAGACUCCAUGCUAAGGGCAAAGUCUGAAACUUGACUGAAAAUUCUCGUUUUGAUUCAGAGAGGGUACAAAGCUGAGACGGGAGAUGGGACAGAAGUUCUGGAACCACUGCAUGUGGACUGGGCUUUCUAAUAAAGGGCUGGACCACUGGUGUCAUAUGAGAUAACAUAAACUAGAGACUAGACAACAUAAAGGACGCUACACUGCUCGGGGCAGGUGGUUGGUUUCAUGUGUAAGAUGUUGUCAUAUGUGUGUAAAAAGGGGUCACUUUUUUGGUGGGAAUCUUGCAUCACAUAGGAGACAUACAAGACAACUUGUGCACAAAUUUGGUAACACUUCAUCUGUAGAUGAUCAAACUUGAUGAGAAACAAAAUUCCAGUUGGUUAUGUCCAUUUCCUAAUUGGUUAGGGUGUAGCUGAGGGUUAGUUGAUAGUGAUUUAACAUUUGUCGAUCGUUGAUUGAACAUAUAGUAAUGUGUAGAUCAUCUACAAAUGGACUAUUCAAAUAAAGUGUUAUCACAAAUUCGAUGA